CCACAAACCCUUCUCCAAAGUGGCGUCGAUGCCGUUCGCUGCGCCAUCCGAUUCGGAAGCGCGACCGACUGCGCCAUGAGAUGCCAUGAGCAGCAAGGUUGGCCGUGCUGCUAGCGUGCCGACAUCCUCCUUGGCGGCUGACCAAGUGGCCAAGAAUUGGCAGAUUGGGGACAGGAUCAAGACGCAGGUCGGCAAGAAAACCUAUUGCGGAACAGUUCGCUUCGUUGGAGUCACCUACUUCGCUCAUGGAGACUGGGUCGGAGUUGAACUCGAAGAGGCCGUUGGAAAGAACAAUGGCACCGUUCAGGAGGUCGUGUACUUCCGUUGCCCAGCCCAGCAUGGCCUCUUCUGCCGGCCCUGGACAAUCCAAGCCGUGGAAUCGGUAGAGACCGGAACAGCAGAGCUCAAAAGCCUGACGAAGCACCUCGAGGACCUCACAACGAAGGUGAAAGAAAUCCAUGCUGCUCAAGCCAAGACCAGUGAACAGCUCGACCGCCUGGAAGCCACGGACCGGAGCCCCUUCAGCCAGGAUCUCAUCAAGAAGGUGGACGAGCUCCAUGCUGCUCAAGCCAAGAACAGUGAAAAGCUCGACCUCCUGGAAGUCACUGAGCAGGGCCCCUUCAGCCAGGAUCUCGUCAAGAAGGUGGAACGACUUCAUGAACGCGUGGACCAGGCCCUACCAGCGCCGAAGCCGCGCCGUGAUCCGCAGGCCAAGAGCUUGGACGCGUUGUCUCUUUGCUUCGAGUAUGCCAAUGCUGAGCUGACCCUCGUGGCACCCUCCUGGCGACUCCACUUGCGAGAAGUGGCCAAGAUGGUGGCUUACCUGGUGCAGGUGGUGAACGGUUUUCAGGCUUUGUCGAUUGUUUCAGCAGAAGAGCGCAGCGAGGAAGCAGCAAAGGCUUCAUCGAGCCUGUCACCUGGAAAAGCAGAGAUGCCCAGGGUGGAGAACAUCAGUGUGCGGUUGGUGGACCAAGCGUUGAGGCAAUGCUUGGAAAUCCCGGUGCUCUUCAAAGGAGAUUCGCGAGCCUCCUGGGCCAUGGCACCGAAUCUUCGCUUCGCCACCUGGAUGCUCCUGAAAGUGCUGCCUGCGGUGGAGUCCGAGUCGGGGGAUGAAAAGAUCCUCUUUGACCUGGUGAGCCACUGUAAGGACUUGACGUCGACAUCGUGCCCGCGGACAGCUGAAGCGAGACUCUUGCUGGAUGUGAGCUCUGCACUCUUGGACACCAUGCAAAAGUGGAAGAAAGAGCUCCUCAAAGGUGCGGCCAAGACUGCUUGUGGCCUGAUUAAGAGUGCAUUGACAUGGAAACUGGAUGAACAUCUGCUGGAGGGCGUGGGUGGCGUGAUGAAAGCAGGUUUGAUGGCUUGGAAAGAUAUGCAAUCCCAGGCGACCUUGGAAGAGCUUCGGAUUCUUCAUCCACCGGAUGAUCAGCUGCUGAACGACCCAGCGAACGUCCGCGAGUUCAUGCUGCGCUUGUCCCAGCGCGCGGCAUGUCGCCGGGAGACAUGGCAGGUCCAGGUGACCAUCGUGUACCAGGUGCAUCGCUUGGGCGCUCGUGCAGUGCAUGCGUUGGCGCUUGAGGCGGAUCAGAGCCUUCCGGUGGAGCGGCGCCAGGCCUGGCUCCAGAUCUUGCAGCUGAGCUUGGGUGGAUUUGGCUCGGCUCGAGGGCUCUUGAGGUUCACUGAACCUUCGAUGAAGUCCUUUAAAGGAGUGGGUCGCACAGCUCUGCAGAGCUUGCUCAAUGGCUCCUCCCUGGCUGAGACGCUCGUGUCCGGCCUGGAAGAGGCCAGUGGAGAGCUGCGAGAGUCGAUGCAGUGGCCCAGCGCCGCGCGGAAGUUCUUGGCGCUGAAACAAGAAGCGGAUCAAAGGCUGGGAAUGAAGACGGAUGAGACCUUGAAGCACCUGAGCGCACCUCUCAAGGAGGUCAAGGACAUGCUGGAUGCAGCGGUGAAAGGCUUUGCAAAACUGAUCCAGCACAUCCACUAUGCCCAUGUCACGCUGCAAUCGAUCAAAUCCUUUGCUGCCAGGCUUUGCUAUGAACUCCCAGUGUCUGUGGAGCAGCGUUGUGCUGCUGCGUUCGAGGAAGCAUUGCUCGAUGUGAAGAAUGCAUCAGACGAGGAAGAAGCCUUGCUCAAGAUGAAACACGCACUGGAGCGAGUCAGAGAAGUGGCUCAAGAAGAGGCCCUUUUGAGCAAAAAGGAGGAGCGCUUCAAUGCCUCUGAUGGGGUGAGGAUUGUUUUCGCUCAGCUCCAAAGGGACAGCGAGAGCUUUCUCAAGAAACAGAUUGAUCCGUCCGAUGAGUCCGAAGUGGCCCGUGCGCUCUGGGAUCUACGAAGGCCGAUCUCGUGUGCCAAGGGCCUGAUGGAGGUGGGCAGUUCCUUUCUGGGGGAUGCGGAAGGCAUCAGCGUGCUGCUGGAUGAAGUGGUGCUUCUCGUGAAGAACACCAAGCUGCCGCAAGCAAAAGACAACUCCGCUGAGAUAUUGAAGUACAGGCCCUUGACCUCACUGGCCUUCGGGGCUGCGCGCGACAUGGCCCAGCAAGUGGCAGCGGAGCUCCAAACGCUUAAGAAGCGAGACAUGGACGAAAAGCAGAGGACGAGGAUCUCCAUCGUUUUGGAAGCCCUGGAAAGUCCCUUGUUGGUGGCCUGGAAGCAUCUCCAAGACAGUCGAAGGCUUUUCUCCAAAGAUGGAGGUCGAGGCCUCUCUGUGUCAACACUACGAAGGCUGCUCCAGGAGAUUCAGCAAGAGUUGCCUGAAGAAGGUAGUGGCAGCAAACUCAGCAGCGACAAAGCACAAGAGGUGGACACAAAAGUGAGACUGCUGAUCCACUACAUCGAGCUUAAUCGGGCACCGGACGCCACCAAAUCAGGGCGUUCGAAAGGGGUGCAGCGAAUCGCGGUGGCCUCGCCGGGCUCCUUCAGGCUUGCCUCGGCCUCCAGACUGCUCUUUGCCUGCCUGCCUACGACGCACACCGAAGCAACUGAGCUGCGGAAGGCCCUCGAGCAGCUCGCACAGGAGGUGCCGGAGCUGGUGAAGAACCAGGAUCCCAAGCAAACCGAGGAGCUGGAGCGCUGUGCUGAAGUUGAGCUUCUCACCGCUGCGGUGAAGCUACAGGAGGAGCUUCGCGACAAAGCCCUUCGAUGCCUGAAGAAAGAUGAGUCGAGAAAGGUCUCUGAGGAGACACUGAAGGUCUUGCGAGAGGUGGCCGUGGGACUGAAGGUCAUUUCGGACUGCUUUGCUUCUCGUGGUUCAGACCCAGAGAACUCAGUCACACAGACUGAAGACCCCAAGAAGCAGGCGCCAGAGCCCGUGAAGCAGAAAGGAUGGGGCUUGUCUUCAUUGUACUCGAAGGCCAAGCAAGUUGUCUCGUCCAGCUCACGGAGUGGUGGAUCGAACACCGACGCGAAAACGGACGCCGCGACGGACGUGACCCUUGCCUCUUUGCUACUGAUGGUCAUGAGCUUGCUCGAAGGCGUCCAACGCGGCGAAGCUUCUGAGGACGCCUUGGAGACGUUGCGGGGAACCGUGGUCCAAUGGCAGGCAAGAACCUCGCCCAAGUUCAGGAGUCCCAAUGUAAAGGAUGUCCUGGACGAGAGCAAGAGGCUUUGGUUCCAGCUGCGUUGGGCACUCUCUUCGCUCGAGGUGUGCCUCUCUGUUGGUGUACAGGACAUCUUGACUGCGAAGGAUUCCGAGCCCAAGAGGGCUGCCACGGUGAUGGCGGUGCUUCAGGAAUCGAUCAGGAGCUUGCCCCACACCGCUGCUGAGCAAUCUGACAGGCCGAUGCCCCUCAUGGAUCUACUGAAGAAAGCUCAAACAAAGCUCGAUUCCUCCUUCGGCGAAAUGCGAGACCUCAUGCUAGCGAAGUUGCCGACGCAGGAAUUGGUGACGGCGCUGGCGGUCGUGGGGGUUUGCGAUCAGCAGCUCUUGCGCUCGGUGGCGGAGUUGAACGGUCUCCAGGAGGUCCUGCUUGAGAUGGCAGAGUUUGUCGCAGACACAACUCAUAAGAUCAAUGGUGCACCCAAAUCCUUCAUGAAACGUGCAGGGAGCAGUUUGGCCAGCACUACUGGGCGAUGGAUUGCAAGGAUGCGAAAGACGCUACCUGAUGCAGGUACAAAAGGCAAGACAAGCAAAGAAGCUAGUCAACCACUUGAUGCGCAAAGCUUCGAAGAGCUGCUGAACAUGGCCGAGAAGUUUGGAGAGUCAUAUUCAAAGCAGGCGAAGGCAGUGCUCGACUUUACCAUUCAUGGAUGCUGCAGCAUCGCAGAUCUCUUGCAGGACAUCUUCAGUGAGUGGCUCGAUUUACCCCGCUUAGAUGAGGUGAUCGAAGGUGCCAUGGACCUGGCUGAGAAAGAGGCCAAGAACGGGCUGAAGCAGAUGAAGCUCUUAGCAGAGUCUCUCAAGGAGACCUUUGACGUGCCCGUCUCCUGGGGCGUUGACUUGGGUGAUUUGUGGUCUAAGUUCGGUGACGCUGUGGGCAUUGAUGGGCAUUCAGCUAUCCGUGAAGCUUGUAAGCUUCUGUUGGGCCCAGCACCAGAACCAGAUCUGGUGACCAGUGCCGCCCUGGGUGCACUGCUCGAGCUGGAUGGUCAGAUCUCCAUCCUGGCUCAACGACGGCCCGAAAAUGAGCUCGAUGAGCUCAAGGCCCUGCACGAGCGCGUGAAGAACACCGUGGCGCGGCUCCGUGGGACUUCCACAAGUUCCAAAGUGCAGGAGCUUUUGGAACAACCUUCAUACCAAUCAGCCUUGCAAGAGGCGAUGGAGUCCUAUUGGCCAGUGGUGGAGGAUGAGUGCAAAGCUGUUGCGGAGUUUCAGAUCAAAGGUCAAGCAGCUGUGGUCCAUGCCGCCGAGAACGGCGCGACUCCGGACAUGCCUCCGGAUGUCCUGCGGCGCUGCAGCCACAAGCUGGGCGAACAGCAACGACGACUCGCCGAAGAGCAGUUGAAGUCUCUUGGAAAGGUCCGUGGUGACUUGCAAGAGGUUGGACCAGGCUCAGCGGGUUUGGGUCCCGACCUGGAACAGUUCAUCUCAUCACAGAAGAGCAUCAUCGAGAACCUGGAUCAAAAGCUCACACAGGCAGGGCGGGCUUGA